CUACUCAUCCUUCCUACUCACAUACACAACAACUCACAAUAAUGGGCGGUGGUGAAAAGAAGCGCAUGCCGAGGGUGUACCUCAUCCGCCACGGCGAGACCGAGUGGUCCAUCAACGGCCGCCACACCGGCGUGUCCGACAUCCCGCUGACGGCCAACGGCGAGCGCGUCAUCCAGGAGGCCGGCCCGCGCAUCGUCGGCGAGGGCGACGACAAGCUCAUUCACCCCAAGUACCUGCGCCACAUCUUCGUGUCGCCCCGCAAGCGUGCCCGCCGCACCUUUGAGCUCAUGUUCGGCGACAACCUCCCCGAGGCGUGUGCCGUCGAGACUGUGCCCGAGGUCGCCGAGUGGGACUACGGCAAGUACGAGGGCUGGUUGACCAAGGACAUCCGCAAGGACCACCCCGGAUGGGAGAUCUGGAAGGACGGCUGCCUGCCAGGCGACACGCCGGGCGAGACACCCGAGCAGAUGACGGCGCGCGUCGACGGUGUCAUCGCGCGCAUCCGCAAGAUCCACGCCGAGGCCAAGAACACCUCGCCCAACCCCGACAGCGUGGAGAACGGCGACGUGAUCAUCUUCUCCCACGGCCACUUUACCCGUGCCUUUAUUGCGCGCUGGUGCAACUUCCCCAUUGCGGCCGGGUACCACUUUUCGGCGGAUCCUGGAGGUCUCGCGGUGCUCGGUUACCAGCACUUCAACCUCAACGAGCCUUCGCUCCUUGGUCUCAACUGGUACACCGAGGAGCAGCUCAAGGCUCGAUAAGCCGGCGGCCCGGCCGGACGGCGGCCGAGCGCGCCUUGCAAAGUAGACGCACGCUCUCCCUUAUACACCAAUGCAGGUAUUGCAGAUACA